AUGUCUCGUAGUACACGUCAUAAUUCUUUACUCGAGGUGUUAGGAGUCAAAGCACCACUAUGUUAUGACAAGAGAUUAUAUACAUUGAAUUUAUCUGCUAAAGAAAAAGAAAAACAAGAAUAUUAUACAAAUAUUGAAUCUAGAGAAGAAUAUAUUGAUAGCAUAUUGGAUGAUCUAUUACCAGAUGAUAUUCGACAUCUUAUUGUGUAUGAAGAUGAACUUACACAAGUUGGCUCAUUUCAAAAAGUAUUUCCAACCACUUCAUCUUCUAAAUAUCAUAAAUACUUCGAUAGCUCCAGAUAUUAUAAUAUGCUUCUUGAUGCAUGGGAAUGUAAAUAUAGUAACAAUAGAGGAGAAGGUAUUGCUGUGCUAGAAAAGUUAUGCCAGUUAAAAAUUCACCUGGAAGUGCCAGACAUUGAUGAAGACUGA